UCCGGGAUCCAACCGGUGCACCGGGAAGCUCUGGGCUCCGCAGCCGAACUGGGACGAGGUUCGGAGGGAAACAGCAGCAGGAUGCAGAUGAUGAUGUUUGUUUCCGAUCUCUCAGUAAAAAAACCAGCCACAAUGCUCAGCCGUUCUGCGAGGUGCCAAACCACAGCCUUCAAUAACUCCUAAUGCUGAGGGGAACUACCAGAGAUCAGAAGCUCAGAAGACCGCCUCAAGGGUUUCUUUAGAAUCAGAUGACUGUUUUCUGCUGUUCACACGUAAGAAUGCGCAGAUAGGAUUCGUUGAGUCACCUUUUUGUCAGAUCAGAUCUGAAGAACGCUUGUAGUGCCAGAUCACCGAUACACAUCAAGUCAGAGGCUGGUUGAGUGAAAAAGCGACAAAAGCGUUAAAACAUGGCGUCCGGUGCCACCAUGGAGGCGGCGGACAUUGUCGUGGUAGCCGUCUACUUCGUCCUGGUGCUGGCCAUCGGCUUCCUGGCCAUGUGGAAAGCCAACCGCAGCACGGUGAGCGGCUACUUCCUCGCCGGUCGCUCCAUGAACUGGGCGGCCGUCGGGGCUUCUCUGUUUGUCAGCAACAUCGGAAGCGAGCACUUCAUCGGACUGGCUGGUUCUGGUGCUGCCAGCGGGUACAGCGUGGCAGCGUGGGAGUUCAACGCUCUGCUGCUGCUCCAGCUGUUGGGCUGGGUGUUCAUCCCCGUCUACAUCCAGUCCGGAGUCUACACCAUGCCCGAGUACCUGUCCAAGCGAUACGGAGGGCGGCGGCUGAAGGUGUACUUCGCUGCUUUGUCUCUUGUCCUUUACAUCUUCACCAAGCUGUCCGUGGAUCUCUACUCUGGAGCCUUGUUCAUCCAGGAGUCUUUAGGGUGGAACCUCUAUCUGUCCAUCAUCCUCCUCAUCGCCAUGACGGCUUUGCUGACGGUCACCGGAGGUCUGGUCGCCGUCAUCUACACGGACACGGUCCAAGCGUUCCUCAUGAUCGCCGGAGCGCUCUGCCUUACGGGCAUCAGCCUCUUCAAAGUGGGAGGACUUGAAGGUCUGAGGAUCAAGUACAUGCAGGCUGCUCCAAACAUCACCGCCAUCCUGCUGGCUUCACCCAAUCUGACCUAUUCUGCAUCGUGCCACCAUCACCUCAACCCAAAGCCAGAUGCUCUGAAGAUCCUUCGAGGCCCGAGGGAUCCAGACCUGCCCUGGCCUGGUUUCUUACUGGGCCAGACUCCUGCGUCUAUCUGGUACUGGUGUGCAGACCAAGUGAUCGUACAGCGAGUUUUGGCGGCGAAGAAUCUGGCUCAUGCCAAAGGAUCGACCGUCAUGGCCGGCUUCCUUAAAAUCCUGCCAAUGUUUAUCAUCGUCAUCCCAGGGAUGAUCUCCAGGGUCUUCUUUGCUGAUGAGUUGGCAUGCAUCAGUCCAGAGCACUGCCUGGAGGUGUGCGGUUCUGCAGCAGGAUGCAGCAACGUGGCGUACCCGCGGCUCGUCAUGUCGGUGAUGCCCGUCGGUCUGCGCGGCCUGAUGAUGGCUGUCAUGAUUGCAGCUCUAAUGAGCGACCUGGACUCCAUCUUCAACUCGGCGAGCACCAUAUUCACGCUGGACAUUUACAAGAUGCUGCGGAAGCAGGUGUCUUCCAGAGAGCUGGUGAUAGUUGGCCGGCUGUUUGUCGUUGUCAUGGUGAUCAUCAGCAUCGCCUGGGUGCCCGUCAUCAUCGAGAUGCAGGGAGGCCAGAUGUUCUACUACAUCCAAGAGGUGUCCGAUUAUCUGACUCCACCCAUCGCGGCUCUGUUCCUGCUCGGUGUCCUGUGGCAUCGCUGCAAUGAGACGGGCGCCUUCUGGGGCGGGAUGGUGGGGUUCGUCCUCGGAGCGCUGCGACUGGUUCUGGCGUUUGCUUACCGCGAGCCGCAUUGCAACGAGCCCGACGAGCGGCCGUCUUUCAUCAAAGAUGUGCAUUUCAUGUACGUGGCAGCCAUCUUGUUUUGGGUGACGGCUGUGGUGGCUGUAGUCGUGAGUCUCUGCACACCUCCACCCGGACACGAACAAGUCAGAACCACGACUCUGUGGGGGCUGAACAAGAGGAAGAAGCUGAAAAAGCAGGAAGCAGAGAAACCUGGAGAAGACACUUUGAAGCCUUUAAACGGAAACGGUGUCAUUGGUGAAGAAAAGUGUCGCAACCAAACAAACAGGCUCAGCAGCACUGAGGCGAGUCGUGAAAACGCUCAGUCACUCAAUGGCAUCGAAACCCACCGUCCUCCCCAGAAUGGCUGCUGUGUACCGAGUUCUGACCCCAAAAUGGCAGAAGAAGGACUGAGGGGUGAGGAGGGGGAAGAGGAGGGCUGCUGUGGGGUUGCAGGAGUGGAGAGUGGACGUUGUGUGAAGGUUUUAGAGUGGGUUUGUGGCUUCCAGGAGAAACCAUCCAAAGCUCAGGUCAUCACAGCUCAGGAGCAGGACAAGAUUGUGGACGAGCUUCUGCAUGAACCUCCGGCAGCCAGAAUCAUCCUGAACAUCGGACUGGUGGUGGUUUGUUCCGUCGGAAUCUUCCUCUUUGGCUACUUCUCCUUAUAGGUUCAGUGAAUUCCAAGCAGUGGGACACGCUUGUGUAUAACAGGAGUGGUCUGCAUUUUGUUUUUCUUGUUGUUGUUUUGUUUGAAACAGCCUGGCCUGUUCUUGUAGCUGCUUUUACACUGCGUUACUUUACCAUAAUGUCCACAUCACAGCACUGCAGCCACUGGUUCCUUCAUUUGACUGAUUUAUUCUGACUCUACACAAGAUAACAAACAUUCAAGUCUACCGUGAGGUCAGAGAUUGUACCCACGCCCUGCUCGUUCCUCCUAAAUCGGCCUCACAGCGAAUUAUCAUCUGAUUAAUUCAGAUAAACCCCAAAAUAGUGACUCAGACUAGUGCAUGUGACAUCAGUGACAAGAUUUUUAAAAACCUCAUAAAGGCAGGAAAUUGUGGGAACAUAAUUUGUAAUCAACACAAAAUGUGGCUGGAGUGCAACUCGCAGUUAGUCAUUGUUUUAAAGGGUUUCCUUGUGCAAAGUAAACGGUUCUGCUGCUUCUUACGUUCCUUUUCCUGCGAAAUUGGAUCUAAAAUCUUCUUGUGUCUGAAUUCUGCAGUUCGGCUCAGAAACUCCUGAAUGGGAACAGGUGCAGGUGUUCUGCAAUAGGCCUGUGUUGGAUUGUGUCAUGUAUUUUACACUGCAUGGGAAGAUGAUGGUGGAGCAUGCUUCAGACGAGCCAGGUUGCCUUGCCGCCGCCCAGCAGCCUGUCACCACGACUUUUUCUGUACGUUUCUGAAUUUUUGUCCGCUGACUGUUGGUCCCGGCCCAGUCAGCUGUGGUGUCACGGCUGCACUCAGGAGUACAAUAUUUUUUUAGCUUUUUUAAGAAACUGGUUGAUGCACUCGGCUUAUUUUUGGACAAUUUUAUUUUGUCAGAUUUUAAGCUUAGACAGAUGGUUAGUUUAAGGACCACUGGACAAUUCUAUCUGGUUUUGGCUCCGAUUAAUGGUAUAAUUUUGGCUUUUUGCAGUUUAGAGGGUUAAAUAUCCGCUGAAUCUUCUGCUCCACUGGUGACCAGUAGCGACACAGAUUUUUUUUUUAAAGAUAAAUUGAAAAAUUACUGACAGAUUUGAGAAACACUCGGGAAACCUUGAACACCUCCUCAUCCAUCCUCUGCGUUUAACAUGCGUUUAAACAUUGAACCUUUCUAUUGCUUGGCGCUGACAAUCCACGUUUCUGCAGCGACCAGCGAAGCGUCCACUUGGGGAGACUGACACAGUGGCGUUGACAUGUAUUCCAGUGUUCUCCAGGUUUCUCUGAACAGGGCUCAUGCUUUUAGGAUUUGUUUUGCUCCGUCUCUAGUUUUCUGUCCAGAUCAGACGUAAGACUUGAAUUCAAACCAACACUCCACAUUGUGUGAAUCAGCGGAUCCUCCUCUGUACUGUUCAUAUCCUUGUGCUGUGUGGGCUGGAUGCAUACUUCAGGUACUGUUUAACCACUGUGUAAAACCCUAACAGCUAUAUAAUGAUAGAAAGUCAGUGGGUCAGACAGCUUAAUGCUGUUUUGGGGAAGUUUUUCAGGACAACCUGCUUCGUUUAUUGAGCCAUCUUUGUACAAGAACAAGUUCAGGUAUUCUGCUACACAACACAAAUCAUGCCCCGUGUUAUUAGAUCACAUAAACAGAAGAAAUAUGUCUUUAUAUACAUUUAUAUAUAUAAUAGGUUUGACAUUCUUCCUAUUUUAACAUACACAACACUAAUUAGGUCGCCUAAAUUAAAUGAAACCUCAUGUAAUUAAGGAUAAUUCCAUAGAACACAAAGUAAAUGUUAUUUUCUGACUACAAACCAAAAUCCAAGUAUUAAUUACUCGUUUAAUUUUGUAUAUGACAUCUUGUUUUUAACGUAAUUGGUAAUUCUUUGCAACUGUUUAAAGCUUUAGCAGCUAGCAUCAUUUUAUAAAUGAAAAACAGUUCCCCCUGCAAAGCUAACGCUAACCGUGUUGAGUUUAUUUUCUGCCACAUUUUGCUGUGGUGAAGAUGAGACAAAUCACACAACAUGUAAUAUGAAACCACACUAUUUUCAGUUGACAAUGACAUUGUGGUUACAAGCUAACAUGCUAAUUUUAUGAGCUUGGUGGUUAGCAUGUAGCAGGCAUGCUAACAUAUUAGCAUGUUAGUUACAUGUGACAGGUCAUGUUGGUAACAUAAAAAUCCUGUCACAUGUUGUUAUCGUGUAUAAAUAUUUUGUGUACAUUACACGCUAACGUGUAAGUGUCGUUAGCUACGUGUUAGCAUGUAACCUCCAUCACUGCAAAUGGUGUUAAACAUGCUAAGUGUUAGCACAAGUCAUAGGGUUUGGAUUUUUUGGGUUUAAUUCUUCAACUCUCAUUCAGAUAUAAGACAUAAAGUGUUCUUUAUGUAUUUCCGUGUACAGUGAGGCACAUACGUACAUUCCACAUUCAAACAUGUUUCAUAACUUCAACAGACUGGACGGUUGUGACAUUAUUUUGUUGCUACGAUAACAUAUCCUUCAACCUGUUCAUGAACUUCAUAGCGAAUGUGAAUUUAAUUGAAUUUUACUGUGACUAUAACUUUUUAUUUUAGUGGAAAUGUGUCAGUAAUCCUUAAUAGUUUAAGUAUCUGAAAGAGUCGUCAUGUUGGACAUAUGGUCCAUAUGUGCUGAAGAAACUGAGCAACGCAACAAGUUGUGUUGUUCAAGGAUGACUUUUUUUAGGAAAUAAGCAUUUGAGGAUUUUUAAAAAUUAUUUUCUACGCUUAUAGACCUCAGAGGGCGUCUUACACUCAAAGGAUUCUAUUUUUUGGAUUAAAGUAAUUGUGAUUUAUGGUGUUUCUGUGUUGUUUUGUAAGAAAUGAUGUGAAACCUAUUUACAGAUGUAAAGGGAAGGACGUCCCUCUGGCGUGACUAAUCCAGGCAGUGGAGUUCGAUAGUUUUUUUUUUUUUUAAAUCCAUGAAAGACAAGCUUUAACUCGAACCAAAUUCACUGACUGGUAUUUCUAAGACGGGGGAUUUUCUCAGGAUAAGCGAAGGUGCUGGCUCUAAGUUGUUCCCCACAUCUGAGACCUCACAAGUUUUUACAAAUUGUAUUGCUCAAUAAAAAAUUGAGAUGGAACUAAA